ACCGGGCGAACAAAUGCAAUUCAGCCAUGGACAAUAGUGGCCACCACACGGCGACCAAAACCCUAGCGACUCCUCCAGCCAGAGAAAGCCUGUCUGCCAGGAGCAACAUGAUCAGCACGCCCAAGCCCCUCGCCUUCUCCAUUGAGCGCAUCAUGGCGCGGACUCCAGAGCCCCGCUCCAUCCCCGUCCCGCAGCUCCUCCAUGGCUCCGUGGCCAAAGGCGACCCCAAGCACCCGCUGCAUCUCAACUCUUCCAUCCCCUGCAUGAUCCCAUUUGUCCCGGUGGCGUACGACACCCUGCCCAAAGCGGCGGUGGCCGGAGCGGAACCCAGGAAGGCUCACUUAGACUCCUCUUCCUCACCCUCCUUUAGCUGCGGCGAUCUCUUGAACUGUGCCCUGAGCUUGAAAGGAGAUUUCCCCCGCGAUGCCCUGCCCUUCCAGCAGUACAAACUGGUAAGACCCCGAGUGGUCAAUCACUCCUCCUUCCACGCCAUGGGAGCCCUGUGCUAUUUCAACCGAGGCGACAGCCCCUGUCACCCGUCCUCCAGUGUCAACAUCCACCCGGUGGCUUCUUAUUUCCUCAGCUCUCCCUUGCACCCGCAGUCCAAGGCUUACCUGGCGGAGCGGAACAAGCUGGUGCUGCCGACCGUGGACAAGUACCCGGCGGGGGUGGCCUUCAAGGACUUAUCGCAGGUUCAGUUGCAGCACUACAUGAAAGAAAGUGCUCAGAUCCUCUCAGAAAAAAUCUCCUAUAAAACCUCUGAGAUCAGCCGCGGCUCUCCCAGCAGCAAGCCCAAAGUUUUCACGUGUGAAGUUUGUGGAAAGGUAUUUAAUGCACAUUAUAACUUAACGCGCCAUAUGCCAGUGCACACGGGAGCCAGACCCUUUGUUUGCAAAGUUUGCGGGAAGGGUUUUAGACAGGCGAGCACGCUUUGCCGGCACAAGAUCAUCCACACCCAGGAAAAGCCACACAAGUGCAACCAGUGCGGCAAAGCCUUCAACAGGAGCUCGACGCUGAACACGCACACUCGAAUACACGCCGGCUACAAACCAUUUGUCUGUGAAUUUUGUGGCAAAGGAUUUCACCAGAAAGGCAAUUACAAAAACCACAAGCUGACUCACAGCGGGGAGAAGCAGUUCAAGUGCAAUAUCUGCAACAAGGCUUUCCACCAGGUGUACAACCUGACCUUCCACAUGCACACCCACAACGACAAGAAGCCCUUCACCUGCCCCACCUGCGGCAAAGGCUUCUGCAGGAACUUUGACCUCAAGAAGCACGUCCGUAAGCUGCACGACAGCGCCCUGGGACUGCCCCGGCCCCCCGCCGAGCUGGGGGGGCCCGACCCACCGCCCCCGCCCGGGCCGCUGCUGCAGGGCCCGCCGCCGCUCCAGCCCUGAGGGGCGGCCGCCCGUGCGAGCCCCCACCGCCUCUUUGCAUGCACCUGUUAAGCGGUUUUGUGUAUUAUGCUCUAUAUCGCCACUAACGUUUAUGGGACUGAUUGUUGGGGUUUUUUUAUUUUUUUUCCGUUUGUUCUUUAAAGACUCAAUUUUUUGUUGUUGUUGUCGUUGCAUCUCAGGUGGAGAGAUGGUUUAAAAAAAAAAAAAAAAAGAAAAAGCGUCAAGCCAAUUUCUGCUGUAUUUAUUUGGGAUCUGUAUUACCCGAGCGGGGAACGCUGAACCACUUUAUAAUUAUUUCGAUGUAUAUAUAUCCCCACUGUGUUGAUCCUGUCCUGUCUCUGCUGCCUGCUGGUUAUCCCACCCUUCUUGGUUUCCUCCUCUCCCUCUUCUCCCUGAAUAUAGUAUCUAUAUGGACAGAA